AUGGCGAUUGACCAGUGCAGAUGUAAGGGGUUGAGGUUAAAUCAUCUAAUUUUUUCCGAUGAUGUUAUGAUCUUUGCUCAUGGGGAUAAGAGGUCUAUUUUGUACUUGGUAAGGGUCGUUAAGUCGUUUAAGCUGGUUCCUAGGUUGGUUGCAAAUGCUAAUAAAACUGCAAUUUUCUUCGGUAAUGUCCCUGAUUAUGAGAAGCAGGCAAUUAUGGAACUUUCUGGCUUUGUUGAAGGUAUGACUCCUUUCAAGUACCUUGGAAAUUCUUUAAAUGCUCGGUAUUUGAAAGUUAGUGAUUUUGAUGCACUUAUUGAUAAAAUGAUAGCUAAAAUUACUUGUUGGUCAAGUAGAAACCUGUCUUAUGCUGUUAGAGUUAUGCUUUUGAAUUACACUCUUAUUAGCUUUCAUUCAUAUUGGGCUCAAUGCAUGCUUCUUCCAAAGACUGUUAUACAUAGAAUCAAUCAGCUUUCUCGUGCUUUUCUUUGGGGAGAGUCUACUACCCUUUCUAAGAGCCCCCUCUUGCUUGGAGUUAGGUGUGUACCCCUAAGUCUGUGGGAGGCCUGGGUGUUAGAGAUUGUGCUCUCUUGA